AUGGUGGCCGAAUCGAUAAUCAACAAGCGUGAACGUGAUGCCGUGGGAGUCGAGCCACGAUCAGAUCAGGCAGGUGAAGCUAGUAAAAAGAAGACUGGUGGUGUCGUGAGCAAGCGCUGGACACCUGAGCAGGAUGAGGCGCUCAAGGAGGCAGUUGCCGAGCUUGGACACCGUAAUUGGAUGGCUGUGGCUGAGCGUGUGCCAGGACGCGAUAACGCGCAGUGUCUACAACGCUGGAACAAAGUACUGAAGCCGGGACUUGUUAAGGGACCUUGGUCUGUUGAGGAAGAUGCGAUGCUGAUGGAAAUGAUGCUGAAAGGAUAUGACAAUUGGCGUCAAGUAUCGAAUAGCAUUCCUGGACGAACAGCAAAGCAGUGCCGUGAACGCUGGCGUAAUCGGCUCGAUCCAAGCAUCAACAAAUCACCAUUCACAGAAAAGGAAGAUGAAGCCAUUCAGCAAGCAUACGAAAAGUAUGGCAAUCGCUGGACUCAGAUUGCCGAGCUUUUACCGGGUCGGACGGAGGAUGCUGUCAAGCUUAGAUGGAAAGCACUGAACCCAAAUCAAAAGACAUAUACAAAGCUUGGUCGUCCACGUCUUUUAAACACUGAUGACGCGCCGUCUGUAUCGACCUCUCCUGUCCGACCAAAAGUGCCUUAUAUAUCUCGUGCACAACCUGUGAAGAAAAAAUUGGCACACUUACCAGUUCCAGCAAUCGACAAUGGAAGUGGCUCAAAUCAAGUUAAUUUUGAACCAAUUGUGGCUUCACUUGAAGAUAUGACAGACGAGCGAAUGAGCGAAGAAGACAUCAUGAUUCUGAACGAAUUUUUGCGCGGUCACUCGAAUCAAUCACUAGAAAACGGAAGCUACAAAAGUUUGCUCUCUGCUGCAAACUUGACCAACAUUGCAUCAAAGCCCGUGUCUUCGGGACGUUCUACGCCUCGUAUGCUAAAUAAAAUGCUGAGUCUUGGGGAAACGAAGAGUGCAAGUUUACGCUCAAUAACUGCUGAUGUGGAGCCCGAUGAUAGCUGGAUCAACGGUGGAUUAACUCGACGUCUCAGCAGCCUGUCACUUGCAUCACUCAAUGAUACAGGCUCAUUGAUGAAUCUCCCUUUGGAUUAUGGCAAUGGGAUCAAGAUUGAUAGCACAGUAGCGUGCAAUGGAGCAGGAUUAACAGACACAAUAGAUGCUACAACACAAGACUCGCUUCAUCGAUUAAUGAUGGAAGAGAAUAUUCCUGCACACGGUCUAUCGGCGACUACUAAUCAUCAAACGAUGACGGCACAAGAAUUUUAUAGUACUGCAACUCCCCAUGAUCAGCUGUCGACAGUCAAUCGCUUUGAAAUUUAA